AUGGCUACAAUGGAAGGCUCGAAUUCAAGUAACACAACGGAGGAAGUGGAACAACGAUUGAGGGCUUUUUCUCUUUCAACAUUCGAAAACGAGAUAAUAGAUAUCAGAGACGACGAUGUUAAAGCAAGUACUGAAGAAUGUCAAAAAACCCUCUUCGGGAAAAUAGUGGACGACAAGCGCGCUAACUUAGUGGGCAUUAGAAAAGAUAGGGGACAAAUUUGGAGAAUUAAAAGCUUGCUUGAUGUAAGGGAACUGGGAACUUACUUCUUUCAAUUCAUUUUUGAAAAUCAAGAUGAUUUAAGGAAAGUGACAGGAGUCCAAGUUCACCAUGUGCCACUGAACUGGCUCACAUCUGAGAUUGGGCUCAAGAUAGACAGAGUCUUGAAAUCUGGCAUAUUGAAAACAACUGUAAUCAAAUGGGUGAAGGAUAUCAGUGCUAAGGUCAAAGAGGGCCAAUUUGGUGAAUGGUUGAGGGCGUUAGAAGAUUUGCAAUGUCAGAAUUGGAAUAACUCUAAAUCUUCCUCAAAACAUAUCAGAGAACAAGAAUUUCUCCAUUCCACCAAUAACGAAAAGGAGGCGGGCCAAGCUAUAGUGGUGGGAUGUUCUCCUGAACAGAUUGGCAGCUCCAAGAAUCAAAGGAAGUCAUUGCAAGAAAAAGAAUCUAGUUCAUCCAGAACAGCUGUGGAGGUUUCAUCUGGAAAUCCUAAGAAGCAUCUUGUGGUAUUUACAGCAACACCUCCCACUCCUGUGCGAGCAGUUGAAGAAUUAGGCAAUGUUAAACAGAUAAAUAUAGAGAUUGAGCAAGAGGGUGGUUCAAUUAUGGGCAGUUCUCAAGGCAUAUGUAUAUUUCAACAGAGUUCAACUGAAAUUCAAUCUGAAAAGACUCUAGUGACUGGUAAAAGACAUAGGGAUGGUAAAGGGACUGGUGGAGCUUCUACUUCAAACAACAAUUUGAAUCUUGAGAAACAAAGCAAAAAGCUAAAACAAAAUGUUGAAAAGAAGACGAGAGCCUGCCUUAAAGAUCCCUCACAGGACGCAUGA